AUGAGUACUACAAUUCGUGCUUCACAACUUGCAUCGUCAAUUGUUUCUCCAGUUACCGAAGAGAAACAACCUUCGGUUUUUGAUAUUAUUGCUCAGGAAAAUCUUGCAACCUCUAUCCGACCAGCUUUGCAACACCUUGUCAAAUAUUUGGCAUAUUUCAAACCAAAAACCUUUUUGUCGGUACACAGAAACUUUGAUGAAUACUAUCUUCUAUUCGAUCUUAUCCUGCAAAACCAUUAUCUGAAAAACUAUGGUGCCUCAUUCACUGAAAACUUUUACUCUAUGAAAAGAGUGUUCACAAAAACUGGAUCACCUCCUAAUGACAGUCGAGAAAGAAUUCUGUCACUUCUCACGCUAGUCGGUUGGCCAUAUGUAGAGGAUAAACUAAAUCAACUUCAUGAUCGACUCAAGGAGGUUUAUGAAAUCAGAAGUUGGGCGUCUAUUCAUGACAUCAAAUCGAAAUGCCAGAAAAUGUUUGUUGUGCUCUGGCCGUACAUCAAAACCAUCAUCAAGGCAGUCAAGAGUGUUCUCCAACUUGCAUACAUUUUGAAUCGCAGCUCAAUUCACUCUCCAUGGCUUUACUUCUCCGGAGUGAUCCUCAAGCACUUGACACCAGAAGAUCUAGAAGCGUUCAAUGCAGUUCCUCUUCAUUUACAGACUGGAUUUUUCAAUCGUAUCUGGCGAUUCUUCCUCGGACUACCUGGAAUUGUAUCCAGACUCUUUGCUUAUGGUCUCUUCUUCGUGCAGUUCUUAGACUACAUGUACAACACUGACUUGGCUAAACUUACAAAAACAGGAUUGAGUGAGGCUAUCCCUGCACCACCUCACAAAAUGAUCAUCAAGGAAAGUGAGAUCCUUAGUUUGGACACCAACAAGUGUCCUAUUUGUAUGAAGAAGAGAGUCAACGAUACUGCACUUUUUGUCUCGGGAUACGUUUUCUGCUACACAUGUAUCAAUCAGUAUGUUAACACAUAUCAAAAAUGCCCAGUUACUGGAUGCCCUGCUAAUGUCCAACAUCUCAUCCGUUUAUUCGUAUAA